AUGGGGGAUCUGCAGACUACAAACGACGGGUCAUCUGGCCACGAUAAUGCCAAGUUAGAAAGCGUUGGUGGUGGAGGAUGUGCCGCCAACAACGGUAGCACUAGCAGUGGCGGUGGUGGACUUGGAAGUGGAAGCGGAGCUAGCGGUGAUGUUGGUGGGCGAUCCUUGUUCAUCUUCUCCGAGACCAACCUCCUUCGAAAGGCGGCUAAAACACUCAUCGAUUGGGGAUAUCCUUUUACACCAUCCGCGAGUUUGAUAUCACUUUUUUUAAGUACAUUUUAA